AUGGCCUCAUCAGGGACAACAAGCGUUGGCGAUGCUUCAAAAAAUGUGCGGCCCACUGAAGCUCAACUUCGAUGGGCUCAGUUUCAUCAUAAACGACGUGCUCAAGGAGUGAAAUUGUCCAUUGUUAGGCUUUAUCAGACACCUGAAGAAACAGAGGAUGUUGUUGGUGCAUACCCAGAAGAUGGGAACAGCACCACGAGUAUUUCCGAGGCUGAAAUACAGCAACGCAGACCCAAGGUAUCAAAAGGGCGCCGUGCCUGUUUGCGUGUAUCAAGACGAAAAUAUAGACAACGAGCCCUAGAGAUCGAAAACGAGGGUUUUCGACGGCGACAAGGGGUGGAUACAUUUAGUGACAGUGAAGACGAAGAUGACGAAUUGAACGACAUUUUCAUGACCAAAAGAAGGCGACAACGAAGGCGGAAGGGAAAAGACAUCGAACGUUUGAAGCGCUUUGAGGAUGCAUGUCAUGCGAUGAUGAUGAAUCUAGCGCAACGAGAAGAGCAAGUUAUUGCAAUUCCAACAAAACGCUGGACUAGGACUGCUGACCAUAUUGCAGCAUCUACGAUGCUCGUGGAGGAAUAUUUGGAUCCUAAAUGGGGGAUUCGUCGACGUAAUAUGGACACAUCGAAAGAUGGAGAUGAGAACCAGUUCAACCUUCAACACAAGGCAAUGACACCACUGGACAGAGGUGCCUCAUGGUUGAUACAUUUGCCAGACGUCAUCCCUUCAUCGCGGGAUAAUCCAUCAAAUUACCUCUCCGUUAAUAUGCAAUCUGCCUUGACUGCGGGUACCAUUGUUAGUGACGGAAUGUCAGAAGGAGGACAAAGUGUUUCGACUUUGGCUAUGAAGGCACCAGGACAACAGAAAUUCAAUCAACUCGUGGCACUGGCCCAGCGACAACUGAUUGACCAACAAUAUAAUUAUUUGAAGGAUAGUCCGAGAGCUGAUCCUGGCUAUGAACCUUCGCGAAAAGACGAAUUGACGAAUCCCCGUAUUUAUGCAAGUACACAUGGUCCAGAGGGGGAGGAGCAACCAAUCCAAUCCACGCCAACUAAAUCGUACAUGCCAAGGAUGCGAUUGCGUGAUUUUAUUUUAGAUACAGAGAAAAGUGAGAACGCAUACAGUAAAGAUGAACUAGAUCCUGAAGAAUUGGCGGCCUUGAAUCAAAUCCCGAAAGAUAGGUACCUCCAAGCUCUCCGAAUUAGCAAGGGUGGUGAUAGUAAAUUGGCAAGAGUAGCACCGUUUCGAAAACAGGUAAUAGAGCUACACGCGACAAUGUCGAUGGACACUACAUCCGUUAUGUACGGUGCAGGUGCGGCAGCAUCGAAAUCAAAGCUGCAGCCGGAGGAGUUAGCUAUCAUGGAAUCCAUAGUUUGCAGUCGCCUUCGAGAUUUGGAAAUAGAACCCUACGAGACUAGGACUCGUUAUCUGGAUAUCGCAGAUGGAAUUGUACAGGAGGUGGAGGCAGAAGAAGAAGAAGUUCAAAACUCUCGGCUGAGGCACCUUUUCGGUUCAAUGAAGCUGUGUCCAAGCGGUUCGCAGAAGGAUGGUUCGGGACUUGGAAAAGUAUUGGCUCUACAGCAGAUAAUCAGUUCUCGUAUCAAGGAUUUUGAAGGACAGGAUAAUAACGAGGCAUGGACAAGAUAUUCUCGAGCAAAGGCAGUCGCGGUGGCAUCCGAUUCAAACAUUAUGCGUUUCACUGGAUUGCACAACAGGACAAAACACCGAUCAUCUUCGGCUACAAUUCGAAAGACGCGAUACAAAAACUUGUAUCAUGCAGAACGAGACAUUCAGCCAGAAGCAGAACGAGACAUUCAGCCAGAAGAGCUGAUAGUCAUGUGUCAGGGCAUAAGCUUGUACCUCGAACGAGAGCUUCAAGGUAAAGAAAAGGCAAAGAUAAAGAGUAGCUUCCGAAGAACUGUUGGAAUGACUGGAACUUUGAAAGGUACCAAGGGCAGAGAUGAAACAAACAGCAUGCGAGAAAUGUACAACAUAUUUGAAGAGCAAGCCGAUGGUCACCUAUUCGAAGAUGAUGGGUUUCAGUCGGAUGAAGUAUUCAUACUUCGCAAUACGAUUCGUGCCCGCAUCCAGGAAAUAGAAAACGGCGGUAGCAUCAGUGAGAAGAAUAGACUGACGAGAGCCAAAUUAAUUGGACAAAUAUUCGAGGCAGGUAAGCACGAGAGGCGAACUGGAUGGAUAAGAGAAAUGAUAAAAGUGCUAGAAUCCGAGGACAAACUGAUUCGGUACGGCAAAGACCUCUCGCUAUCGAGCUCAGGAAAAUCCUCCUCCGAUAUCAGGCGUCUCUCUGAGCCAAUCAAUAAGGUACCUACUCAUCCAGAAAGAGAGCCCCGCUUUUCCGAGCCAAGUGGACCCCAGUAUUCAAAUGAACAAGGUCAGCAAACUUCUGCUCUUGAUACAAAGUUACAGGGUAUUUGGAACCGAGGUAAAAAUAGCCUGAGCGGUAUUUCUGCGACGCUGAGCCAUGAAUCAGCUUCUGGCUCGCUUGCAAAACCGAUAAGAGAUACUGUAUUAAGCGUUUCUGAAAAAGUCAAUCGUUUGCUUCAGAACUCAACUGAACCAGACCAGCAACAGAAUCCAGGCCAUGAUUCAUGUUUACGAAACGAAUCAUUGAGUGCCUCUGACAGAAUCGAUCUUUACCUCGAUCAUUUGAUGGCAGCGCCGAAUUUGGGAACUGUAAUUGGAGAAAAUCAGACGACAGCGAAGUCAGAAAACGGUUCAGAUCAAUUCGAGAAGUUGCUUCGAAACUUUCAGAAUGAGGCAGAGUGUGGUGCCACGCAAGAACCAGACGCGUUAGGUGAUUCAUUGGGGAACUCAUUUUGGCAUUCCAGUGAUAGUGCCAAUGCAUUAGAUAGUGAAACGACGAAGAAGCGGGAAACAUGUUUCGAGCUUGGAAACAAAUCUAUUGCUCCUCGACGACGCAAUGACGGCGAUUCUGAUGAAGCUGAAGUACAGCCGCAACCUCCUCACCGGACGAAAGCUGAACAAGAAAUAUUUGAUGCGAUGGAGGCAACACUUCCGAAACAGGAAAAAGUAAAAGAGUAUGCUCCAGACGAGCUUGAUACAGAUUUUCUCGCCGCUUAUAGGAAAAAACGGGAGUCUACAAUUUCAGUAGAUGACGCUUCAUCUGCAUCUUCCUACAAGGUACUUCCGUCUGGAUUUCGUGAAGUUGUUAAGCAGUACUCGCCUUCAAGGGAGAUUCGUGGAUUUUCUUCGUCAAGAGCAAAGCACACGGGCUCUAGCCAGUCGGAGAAAACAAGAGAGAUAUCAAAGCUAUCCGAAGAGAAUGUUAGAGAGUUUGCCAAGAAUUCUUCCCCUAGGGAAACAUUCAACCCCGGGGUGAUCGAUUCUGAUGAGGUUUUAAGCGAUGCUGGUCGUCGUAUUAAUCCAUCUUUACUCUCCAGUCUCAUGCUGUCUCCUGAUUUGUUGACCAAGAGACAUCAACAAGCAGUUCGAGCGAUUGAGCGCAGUCAGUGGGAUGACGUCAACUACUUGAUCAAUGCAAACCCCUGGCUGGCAGAAAUGAGUGAAUUGAGAACGAAACAGUACCUAUUACACAAAAUUGCAUUCUUUGGUGCAGGGCACACCCCGGCGCCAUUUGAGCUUUGCGAGCUCUUGAUUGACAAGUUCCCAGCUGCUGUUCACAAGUUCGAUGAAGACGGAAAUGUACCACUCCAUCUGGCUGCUGCUGCAGGGCACAUGAAAAUGAUCAGCAUGCUUGGGGAAAAGUUCGAAAGCGGUGCUUCAAUACGAAACGAAGAUGGCAUGCUUCCGGUUCACUUUGCGCUUGCCUCGUAUGGAAAACUUGGUUUUGCAGCGACCCCCCGUGCAAGUGUUCAGAAUGGCGAAAGCGCGGAACCGAUUCAAGUUAUGCAGAAAGUGUUGAGUUUUUUCCCUCAAGCUGUUGCUAUAUCCGAUAAUGAUGGCAAUCUACCAUUACACAUUGCAGUUCACUGUCUCGAGGGUCAAUUGGCAAUCGAUGCUAUUUUGCUUUUGCUCGAUGAGGCAGAAAGACAGCUGAAGGAUCCUUACGGCGCCCGAUUUUAUAACAAGAAAAGGAUUGAAGAAAUUCGUGAUGAUGGAGUACUAGAUGCGUUUUCAAGCAAUGAUCAAGAGGAUUUGGACACAGACUUGCAUUGCAGCAUGGUGCGAAACAAUGACAGUGAAUGCCCAUUGCUACUGGCUAUCCAUGCAAGAAAGGGCUGGCAAAUCAUAGAUGCUCUUGUUGCAGGCCCAGGGGGUCAGGAAGCUGCUUUGCACCAAGACUCCGACAAUUGCAAUGCACUUCAUCUCCUCGUUGGCGAGUACCAGGAUCCUUCUGCAGCUCUUUCGAUUUUAAAAUCUGUUCCAGAGACUACGACCGUGCGAAAUAGCGCAGGGGUGUUGCCAAUCGAGGUGGCUUGUAUGCAACUGAUGCCAGAUGAGGUCAUCCUCGCAAUCGCAUUCGCUGACUUGCAUCUCGAUCUUAUCGGGGAUGAUGCGACAAAAAAUAGGGAAAACUUUGGUGGGAGCUGGUGGUUCCUAACUUGUGAAUGCGAUGAUCACUACGUCGAUAUUGUGCGUAAUCUUGUCUCAAUGUGCUCGUUUGAACAAGUAAGAAUGCUUUGUGUUAUGGAGGGAGGUCCAAGUCAAAACAAGGGGACUGUCAUCUCGCGUGCAACACCAAAGUGCCGCGAAGUUCUCGCACGAGCGACACGUUUCCUAGGAAGGUUCGAAUUUGUAGGCAAGACUCCGCUCUAUUCUGAUGUUGACAAAAGAAUCAAAGCAUUUGAUGCUUUCGAUUUCGGAGGUGGGAGCCACUCAAGAGACGAAGGUCGUCGUGUUGUGCUAAAAAGCUAUUCCUUGAGAAAUCUGUUCUUGGCUGAGACUGAAAUUCUACUUGCAUAUGAGCUCGAUGAAAGCAAAGUAGAAGAAGUGCUCACAUUCUCUGUUCGGGAGGGUGGAAAUAGCUUAUCAGAGCAAUCCUGGGUGUCGAUCGAGUCCCCAGAGGCAACGCUAAAGGAUGUUGCGGACAGCAUGAUGAGAAAAGGAGGAUACUGGAAUCAGCCAGAUUUGCGAACCAAAUAUUCGACGAAAGUAUGUCUUGUACUACGUCUUAUCGCGAAAUCGCUAUGGCACUUGCACACCAAUGGGGUGGUUCACGGGGAUUUGAGUCUUCAAAGCUGUGGGUUGUUUGAACACGGAUGGAAACUCCUUGGCCGAAUGGAAGUACAACCAAUAGGCCAAGCUUUCGACACAGCGCGAUUUCAACAUUCUUUUCCACCAGAGGCACUGCAAUCUAGUGACCUAGAGAUCAAUGUCUACGAUACUGAUGUCCCGCCUGUUUCGUUCAAGCAGUCAAUCGUUUCCGACCCGUCUAUCGAUAUUUGGGCUUUCGGGAAGAUCGCUUAUGAGGCAAUACUGGGAAAGCCUCUCGUCGCAUACGAUGCAAAUCUUCCGGCAAAUGAUGUUGUGGCACUUCUCGAGGUAAUGGAGUGGAACGAAGAUUGUCUGAAGGAUGUAUUUCACGAACUAUUGGGGUCUGGUGGAAUAGCGGAAAGUGGUGCUGAGCUCUUCACAUCAUGUUUGUUUCCUCGACCAGAAGAUAGGCCUGGAAGUAUAGGUGAAAUCUUAUCCCAUCCGUUUUGGCAACACAACAUUAAGCAAAGAAACAAGGCAAGGGGACCACGCCGCCGAAGAAACACAGAUUCCAUCAGUGCAUUCACCGAAGCUUCGAAAUCUUUGUUCACCGAGGUGUCUGACUAG